AUGUAAUCUACUUAUAUAUACUUAUGGCGUUGUACAUAUACCUCUUGCAACAUUUCGUUUUUCUAUCAGAUUAGAUAGCACACUUAUUGAUUUUGCUGACAUGAAAUGGCAACGUGGUGAUAUUAGCAUAAUUUUUAAUGGAGAAGCUGAAGGUUUGUAUUAUAAGUAUUUUAUAUAAUACCUUAUUGAAUUCUGAUCGUUUAAUUGGCUGUUUAUGGUCACGUGAUAUUGAAUAGAAAAUUCCAUUUCCCAAGAGUGCAAUGGAAUACAUUCCAUUGCACUCUUGCGAGUGCAGUUGUACUAUACGUUUUAUUCCAUUGCACUCUUUGUGUUUUCGAUAAAUCGCAUCCGUCAAAAUGCUUCUCGUACGGUGAUCGCAGUUUAUUUUAACCCGAUAUUCGAAACUCAGUAAAUGGGAUUUAAUGCAAAUACGACUCGUCAAAAUGGCGGGAGCUUACAGUAAACCUUUUCAUAUUAGUCUAUUUUGGUAAUGUUUUUAUUCGUGCAAUGGUAAGAAUAUUUUCAUUCGGUGAAAGAUGGAAUGUUCCAUUCAACGAGGAUGGAACAUUCCAUCUUUCACCGAAUGAAAAUAUUCUUACCAUUGCACAAAUAAAAACAUUCAUUAUUUGUAUAAUGUAAUGGUACUAUAUAAUUGCUAAUUAUAGUCUUCUAACUUUAGGUGUAAAGUCGUUUGCUAUACUAGAUAACGAAAAGAAAGUUUUCCAAAGAAUGCAAGAUGAGGUAGAAAUUGAAAACAGUUGUAAAUAUUAUAGAAGCGUUUCUUUUUGUACUAUUUACAACAUGAGCGGCCGUGUUGUAUCGGAUAUACAAUGAGUUCAUUGGCGAAGUAAUUUUAAAAAUAAACGUUGUCUAAGCCGAGAAAAUCAAAGUUAAAGUUUAUGUAAAUCAACAUGAAUCUGUAUCACAUAUACAGAUACGACACGCUUAUGAUUUUUCUUUGUGUUCUCUUCAUGAAUUAUUAAUGAGUUUUUUAAUUCGUUUUAUCAAAUGUAUUGUAAUAUUUCCUCAUGACAGGAAAGCGAUGCCGAAAUAGACGAAGAAGUUGAUCUAUUAAUGAGCUGGUACGUUUUUAAAGAUGCUGAAAAAAUGUUUUACCAAUAGCGUUAGAAUAAAAAAUAAAGUUUAAUUACAGUCCACAGUGUCCAUGUGCAGUAUACUCUUAUAUUUCAUAUCAUUGAAAUUUUAUUAUUUCACUUUUUCGAUUGAUUUUUAAUCUUCAUUCAUCCAUUUCAGUGACAUAGUAUCAGCUACGAUGUCAACAAAACCGAUAACUUUCUCAAGGUCGCAAGAUGGUUGGUUCUUCAAAGAGGAUAAAAUCGUAAGGAUGUUUAAGAUUUUCCAUUUUGAUUAUAAUUUAAUUUUAUGGUGGUAGCUGCCGACACAUGCUUAAGUUAACGUAAAGUAAGCCGCACUUUGUUUACUGACAUGAUUAAAAUCAGGUUUGCUAGCUGUUAUGUAUAUCCAUCAUUUCAUGUUAACUUUUGUUUUAAAAAUUCAAAAUUGAACGACUACACUAUUAAACCAGGGGUGAAAAAAUAGCGAGCCAUUGGUCCCAGGAAAUUUUUGUAGUCAGAAGAAAAUAGAAAAAUAACAAAGUCAAGUCAAAAGAAAUAAAACUGCAGUCUGCAGAUAAACUAUAUACAGUGUAUCUUCGGCCCCUUGAUCAUCAUCGGGUGGCUCAACACUCAACAGUGAACCCAUUGAACCUAGCCCUAGGAGGUGCAGUUUGCUUUUGCCCUCAGGUGUAAAGUUUAUUAAACUCCCUAAUUAUAUUUUUCUCCAAUUUCUAAGGAAAAUAUUGGAUCAUAUGUAGCCAAUGUUUAUGACGUAAAUGGAAUGACUUUGGUCACUAGAAAAAGGUCGGUUAUAAAUAUUUUUGCAUGGCCAUUUAGCAUUAACUUAUAGCAUUUAAUUAAUUCUGGUAUGAAUAAAAAGAUGACAAAGUUUUAGUUUAGCACAAAUUUCAUACGCUUGAUCUGAAUGAGUAAACGUCUAAAAUUCCGGGUAACCUUUUCUUGAUGGAUAAUAUAAGUAAGAGUUACUGUAUUUACUGAGGCCGAGUGAACUAAGUAAUUCAUUCAAUUUAGUUCAUGAUUCUGGAGGUUUUGUCCCCCAAACAGCUCUUAUAUGUACGCUUGUGCGACGUAAAAUCUGGUUGUGCAUGCGCGUUUUAUACGCUUUAUUGCACAAGUGGAACAGCAAAUAUUUUUGUAUAUUAAAUUCACUGAAUACAGCAAAGAAUCUGUUGACUGUUGAGCAGUUUGUUGAUCUUGUUGAUACUGUUAGGGCUGGAUGUUACUGUUACAGGAUGUUACUCCUAAGGAUGAUACUGUUAGGGUUCGAUGAUACUGCUACAGGAUGAUGCCAAGUCCGUAUUUUGGUGGAAAUAGUGGAGCGGCCGUCUAGUUCACAACCCCCGUGGAAAGUUAGGGCUCAGAACGGGCUAAAGUCAAAGUAUGCAUGUGGUGUAUUAAUGAAUUAACCCUAAGCAACCAAAAAUUGUUAAAUUUUCACUUUGAUCUAUCAAUGAAAAUUUCCCAAGGGGAGGUGCAUUUUCAGCGGAGGUACAAAAAUUAUCAGGGGAGGUGCAAAACGAUCUCAGAGGAGGUGCGCAUCUCCCCACACCUCCCCUCAAAAUCCGGCCAUGGAUGAUACUGUUAUUGGAUGAUACUGUUAUUGGAUUAUACUGUUAUUGGAUGAUACUGUUAGGGAUGGAUGAUACUGUUAUAGGAUGUUACUCCUAAGGAUGAUGCUGUUAUACUGUAAGAUAAUACUCCUAAGGAUGAUGAUGUUAGGGCUGGAUGAUACUGUUAUAGGACGAUACGUCUAUGGAUGAUACUGUUAGGCUUAGAAUGUUAGAUGGUAUUGUUACAGGAUGAUACUAUUCUUAAAUUUGCCCUGAACAGUUCAUACAUACAUACAUUAUUCAGCUCACUCAUACAGUUCAUACAUACAUACAUUAUUCAGUGACCGAUUACAUCAAAUAUCAUGGUUACUUAUAUCACUUACCUAGACUGUUUAUCUUUACAACAAUUGUGAUCUUACUUUCCUAACUAUGGUCAUCCUAACCCAGGAAACCUGAGCGCCCGGAGAAAAACCAAGACUUAGCGUUGACAGACUCUUUUCACAUGAGUUCGUAGCGAGAAUCGAACCCACGAUCUCAGAGGUGAAAUGCGCUUGCUCUGAUGACUGCACCACCGAAGCCCCUAAAAGCGAUUUAUUCACCACGGUACAUCAAACAAAGCUGACUCAGUCAUGAACUAAUUCUGACAUCAAACAAAGCUGACUCAGUCAUGAACUAAUUCUGACAUCAAACAAAGCUGACUCAGUCAUGAACUAAUUCUGAAUACCUAAUUUACAAUGUAAAUGGCGAAGUAAAUAAACUGCAGAACCUCUGCUUUAUCUCAAAACCCUAAUUACAUACAGUACCAGAUAGUAUAAAAGGGAAAAAAUGUCAAAAUGCGUAACCAAGGUUGAAUUUCACUGCAUGAUUACAUAUACCUAUGAAACUUUUCGGAGAAAGGUAGUUUUUGUAUGGUAACUAUAAUGCUAAUAAUUGAGUACUUUUUGUAGACGAGAACAUCUUACGCAGGAGGAUAUUGUGAAAAAUAAGGUACGUUGAUAAUACUAGAGAGGUUCGGAUUUGACUUUCACUGCUGGAAAUCACAGUACCGUACCGUACUGUGCACUGAUUUGGUGCAGUAAAUGUACUGCAGAACAGUACAUUAUCACAAAUAUAGAAUUGUAGUGUAUAUGGUGUUCCCCGGCGGGUUGACUGCCCGCCACGCAAGCUAGGGCAUAUGGGGCGUUUACAGUCUCAAAUAAGAAUGUAAUGCUCGCUCUCUAACAGUCACGAUUCACAGAAAAGUUUUUUGGAAGGAGGGGGGUAUAGUGCGCCAAUGUAUCACCGUCGCCAAUACCAUGAAACUUUUCUUACAGUAAAUCAUUAGCUUUUGCCAUGCGCAAGUGAAUGAUGCUUUUUCGGGAGGUUGCGGAAGACCGUAUCUAGGUUCAUCGGUCUUGAAAAAACUGAAAAGCUUGAACCCGCAUAAAGCUCCGGGCCCGGAUGAUAUCCCCAAUUGGAUUCUUCGUGAUUAUGCCGAAAUCCUUGCUCCCUCUGUAUCGGACUUAUUGAAUUCGUCCUACAAGCAAAAAAGACUGCCCUCAUGCUGGAAACAAGCUAACAUUACACCUAUUCCGAAAGAGAGACCUGUUAAAGACAUAAGCAAACAGCUCCGACCUAUUUCGUUAACUCCGGUUCUGUCUAAACUUGCAGAAGAGUUUGUUGUUGAAAACUAUAUCGCUCCAGCAGUGUUGUCGUCAAUUGAUCCUUUUCAAUUUGGUGGCAUCCCUCGAUCAUCUGCUACAAAAGCCUUAAUUUCUAUGGUUCAUGCGUGGACUCAAGCCACAGAUGGAACUGGAAACGCUGUAAGAGUGGUUCUUUUUGACUAUAAGAAAGCCUUCGACUUGAUUGAUCAUAAGAUCCUAGCCACGAAAAUCAUCCAAUUGCCAAUGCCAAAUUUCAUUAAGCGGUGGGUAAUUGACUUUCUGAUGAACAGGAAACAACGGGUGAAACUUGCAAGAGACUGUAUGUCUGAAUGGAUUGACAUUCCUUCCGGUGUCCCUCAAGGAACCAAAUUGGGACCUUGGUUAUUCAUCCUAAUGAUAAAUGACCUACGCCCCCCACAUCAUGAGCGAUGGAAAUACAUCGAUGAUGCUACGGUAUCUGAAAUCAUUUACAUCAACACACCCAGUAAAAUUCAAGAUACAGUCGAUUGUGUUCAAAAUUGGUCUGUAGAAAACAAGAUGCAAUUAAAUGCCUCCAAGUGCAAGGAACUUGUUAUCAGUUUUACAAAACCUGAGAAAGAAUUUCCGCGCCUUAAGAUCAUCUCAGGCCAAAUCGAGACAGUGAACCACGCAAGAAUCCUAGGUUUGACAAUUUCUAAAGAUCUAAAAUGGAACCAACACAUAACUAACAUAGUUAAGAAGGCGAACAAACGGAUUUAUUUUAUUAUUCAGUUGAAACGUGCUCAUGUACCUGAAGCUGACAUAAUAAAUUUUUACACUACCUGCGUCAGACCAGUCAUGGAAUUCAGCUGUCAAGUUUUCCACUUCGCCCUUCCUUCCUACUUAUCUAAUGCCCUGGAACGGGUUCAAAAGCGUGUUUUAUCAAUCAUCUAUCCACUGACAGGUUAUGCGGAUUGUUUACAAAAAUCGGGCAUCAAACCAUUAAGUGACAGGCGUGUGGAUGCAUGCGAGAAACUGUUUAAUGAAAUCACCACAACACCAGUAGCUAAUAUGCAUAAUCAUGUACCAUCUAGAUACUUUCCAAAUUACAACCUUAGACACUCAAGGUCUUUUGUUGUUCCUCAGACCAAAACGAACAGAUUUAGAAACAGUUUUUUCCCUUCAUCUGCAAGGCAUAUCAAUAAUAUUAACUGACAAUCGAUUCUGAUAUUCAGUUUUAGACUGGCUAACAUUUUUUUAGAAAUUUACUAGUUUCAUAGCUAAUUUGUAAUGUAACUUUAAACUUCUGUAAUAUAGAAUUAUAAAUUGUAAUGUAAUUUUAAACUUCUGUAAAUAUAAAAUAACUAAUUUAAUCAUUUCUCUUGUAAAAUUUAGCACGCAAUUCAGCCUCUUGGCUGCUAUGUGUUAAUCUUAUUAAACAAACAAUCUAUCUAUCUAUCUAUCUAUCUAUCAUUCAUUCAUUUGCCGGGAUAAACGCGUAAAAACGCACAGCUUGUAACAAGUCUGCAAACAAGUUGUUACAAGUCUGUUCACAAGCUGUCAACAAGUUGUGUUCGCACUGCUUGUUCCCAGUUUGUUGGAACAAGUUUGGAACAAGCUAUUAACAACUUGUAACAAGCUUGAUGGCAUUAUCAGCCUUGUUACAAGAUUGUGCUAACAAGUUUGUUACAGCCAUGAUAUAACAAGGAUGUUACAAGGUUGUCAACAGAAGGUUGUAACAAUCUUGUUAUAUCAAGCAUGUCACAGACUUGUCAGAAUAACCUUGCAACAAGUCUGAUAAUUUCGACAAGGUUGUUACAAGUUGUCAGCAGGUUGUUCCAAACCUGUUGACAACUUGUAACAAGCAGUGCGAAUACAUCUUGUUAACAGCUUGUGAACAGACUUGUAACAAACUUGUGUGUUUUUACGUGUGUACAUGGAAAUGAUUUUCAAUUCCUCAUUUUUAGGCAAUGUUGGAGAGUAUCAGCAAAGGAUCGAAUACUAUGGACGCCGUUCCAGAGGUAAGCACACCGAGUUUUUACACACGUCAACAUUACGUUAUUGCCAAACAGCUACACAUUGGUCUAACUUAGACAUCUCACGGAAGAAGUGUUUUCUUCUUUGAUUUUUGCCUUGAUUUCUCGAGUCCACAAUCAUGUUGAAAAUGCUUGUCAGCAGUCGUUAAUCACUCUUUACUUUAUGUAAUUUUAUGUUUAAACAUGCGAGCCCCACGCACAGUUAACUACGUCAUUAGUUAACUACGUGAUUAGUUAACUACAGUAUCUAACGUUUUGUGCAACGCAGUUAAGUCAUACAGUUAACUAAUUACAGUUAAGGAUUUAACUACGGUAUGGUAGUUAACGCUAACUAUAGUUAAAUUUAACUACGUUUUUUACACAACCGGCCCCUGACUAUUAUCGUAUCUCCGGUACACACGUAAAAACGCACAAGUUGUUGCAGGUCUGCAAACAAGUUGUUAUACAAAUCUGUUCACAAGCUGUCGACAAGUUGUGUUCGCACCGCUUGUUCCUAUACUUGUUGUAACAAGUUUGGAACAAGCUGUUAACAACUUGUAACAAGCUUGAUGGCAUUAUCAGACUUGUUACAAGGUUGUUCUAACAAGUCUGAUACAGUCAUGAUAUAACAAGAAUGUUACAAGGUUGACGACACAAGGUUGUAACAAUACUGUUAUACCAUGACUUUCGGACUUGUUGGAACAACCUUGCAACAAGUCUGAUAAUAUCAACAAGGUUGUUACAAGGGUUGCCCAAACUUGUUGACAACUUGGAACAAGAUGUGUGAACACAACUUAAAAAACUCAAUAAUUCAUGAAGAAAACACAAAGAAAAAUCAUAAGCGUGUCGUACUGUAUAUGUGAUACAGAUUCAUGUUGAUUUACAUAAACUUUAACUUUGAUUUUCUCGGCUUAGACAACGUUUAUUUUUAAGAUUACUUCGCCAAUGAACUGAUAAGAUGAGUCGUUUUUUUAGUUGUUUACAACAUUCGCGUCCGUGUUGUAUCGGAUAUACAAACUCUCGCCUUCGGCUCGAGUUUGUAUAUCCGAUACAACACGGCCGCUCAUGUUGUAAACAUUACUUGUUGACGGCUUGUUGGCAGUCUUACCUCAACACGGUGCCAUAAAACCAUCUACCUCUAACGCCACCCAGCAAUCCGAAACACUAGCCCGUCUAAAGUAAUUAAAGCCUAGUGGAUAUAUGCUCUGGAUAUGUUUUGUGUAGUUACAACGUAAAAGAUCAUUGGUUCCACCAACUGUGCAACAUUAUACAUGGGAGACGUAUAUAAACUGUGAAACAGAGAAGUGAGUUUGUUAUUUCUAUUAAAUAUGAAAACACUAUAUGCAUGUUUCCAGCAUAUAUAUAUGUUACCUUUGUUGGUGGAAAUCUUCUUUGCCUUAAUGCAAUACGUAUAUAGCUUAAUUUAUAGCCUAUACCAAUGAUUUCACGGUUGAAAAGGUGUUGUUAAACAGUCAUUCCGCUAUCAGUCAAAGAAUUUCAGAAAUUAUUGGGGAAGGCCGCCCCCCCCCGAGUAUUCAAAUUGCGGUUUUAGAUGCGAUUUACGCUGACAGCCUGGCAAAUGUGAACCAGUGGUGAGUUAUAAAAUAUGAAUGUUCAGAUGAGGGUACAUAUACUGUAACUCGUCUACUCGUUCACAUGCAUCAGCAGAGGAAAAUCGCACUAGAGGUCGCAGCAAAAACUACAAGUGUAAACGGACCUAUAGUAAAACGUUUGAAGAGUAAGAAAUCGCAACGCACUAAAAAUUUUAAAAUGGCAAAAUCGGGGAUUGACUUUGUUUUGUGUUUCAGCAUUACAACUUUAGGACGAAAGACAACUAUAAAGGAAGACAAGAAAACAAUAAAAGCCACCGUGGCAAUGGUAGGAUUCACAUCUCAGUUGUUGUGGAAAGUAUGAGAGCAAGCAUGUACCGUAAAUCUUCUAUUAAGCCCCCCCCCCCCAAUAUUUAUUCCACUCAUUGCUUGCAUGAGGGCAUCUUACCUGUAUGACAAAUUAAAUAGAGAGGGGAGGGGAUGGGUUAUUUAGUCUAGUCUCAUUAAAUAAGAAAUCCAGUAAACUAACAUGAACUUCCAGGCAAAUGAAUAAAGGUUCAGAUUUACUCACCCAUACCAUUAGCCAAUCAGAUGUAUAUUUAGCCAGUGAGAGGAGCGGCAGCGAUGGUCAAAUAUGAACCUCUCUAUAGUUUUCGCGGAAGGGUGAUAAUUUUUUCGUAUUUGAGAAGGUUUGAUAGGGGUUUUAUGGUUCGUGCUUGGCAAAUUGUAGCGUGUAAACGUAUCUUUACGGUAUGUAAAAAUGUGAUGGCAAUUUGUAAAACUGACAUUUGGCGUUUGCUUUUUAGAACGAAGACUUUCCUCUCAAAUUAGAACCGUGAGUAUUGCCAGUUUUUUUCUUACUGUACAGUACAUGUUAUCUUGGCUGUAGUUACUCAAACUUCUUAAUAAUUCAUGACGAAAUUAGCCAAAUACUUUAUUGUGCCCUCAUGUUUGUAUACCCUGGUGAAGUACUGUGCAUAUUGAUCCUGACCUACAGUACUUGAUCCUGUCCUAGGAUCAUGGAUCAAAACGUAUGAGAUGUCAUAACGUCACAUCAUAAAUGAUAAAAUACCCGCAAUGUAGUUUUUUGUUAGAACAAGAUCAUAAUCAUUCUCAUACUUUACCUAGAUCUUUUAAUAAACAGUAACUGGAUGAGGUUUUUGUGAAAUCCGAAAUUAUUUCAACACGUACGGAGACGGAUAUCACAGAAAACGAAUUCAAUAACUGUUUUGUUAAUAUACAUUGCAUUUUCAUUUCAUCAACUCUUUCGACAAACAAUGAUCUGUCGAACAAAAUAACGUUUAGUUGUCAAAACGAGCUAUGAAAAGUUCCAAUAAACCUGACUAAAACGUCUGUUUUUUUGUGCAAAAAAAUUCACAAAAACGUCCUUCGUUCAUGUUCUAUUUUCUUGUUUCUGUUCGUGUAUGUACUGUAAGCUGCCGCUUGCUACAGAAUUACAUAUCGCUGGCUCAAUCUAUACUGUAGAUAACAGUGUUAUCUGCUUAUCAGUGGCGCCGCCAGCUCGAUAAUUGGGGGUGGGGGCAAUAUUCAUAUAUUCGUGUUCAGACCUUAAAAACAAUCGAUUUCAAAAGAAAUUAAUAAUGCAGAACACGAAUAUAUGAAUAUGUGCCCCCCCCCCCCAGCUGGCGGCGCCACUGCUGCUUAUCUGUAGCUUGCGUGAGUUCCGUAUUUAGCUGUAAACUAUUCACAUGACAUGAAGAAUGAACCAAUCCGAAGUGACUACAAUGUAUAGUAAUCUAGUCCUUUAAUUGUAUUUUUCAUCUUUUUCAGUUUACUAAAUGUUCUCGAAGUCAUAGCUCCUUUCAAACAUUUCGAUAAGCUCAAGGAAUUCGUGUCGAUGAAGUUACCGCCGGGUUUUCCCGUCCGAGUAGGUAUGUUGUUUACUAUUGUCAUUGUGCAGUCUCGGCUGACUAUGGUUGAUAUACAUGGUAAAGCCAAAGUUGAGCGUGUAUGAUUUAAAUAUAAAGGCCCAUUUACACGAUUGUCAUUCUGGCGUAUGAAAACGACGCCGCUAUCCCUGUUCAUCAGUUUAUGGCGAAAUUGGAAAUGUGACAUCUUUCCACGCAUUUAUUUGAGUACAUACGCUAGGAUAACAAUCGUAUACGACUAGUCGUAUCGUGUACAGUAAAGCCCAUUUUCCACUAUAGGCGAAUUUGUUCGCGCGAAGCGAAAAACAAAUCUUGGGAAUGUGAUUGGUCAGCGAAAAAAUUCGCCGCGAAAAAGUUGAACAGUUCCUACUUUUUUACUGUUCGCGCGAACAAAUUCGCCUAGUGGAAAAUGGGCUUAAAUGGACCUUAAUACGAGAGGUUUCUAAGGCGAUUAAUAUCCCCCAUAUAGGAGUGUAUAAAGCUCUCUUCAUUUAGGAUUGUAAGUUCCCUGCCUUCGGGAGGAACAUGUGAAUUAUUGAUAAUUUGGCAUUUUUCAUUUCAGGUUCUUAUAAUUUUUAUUUUUUACUAGAAAUCCCAGUUCUGCCUACUAUUGUGGCAAGAGUAACGUUUCAAAAAUUUGAACCGGACAUGAGUAUUCCCGACUCCAGAUAUUUCAUACCUAGAGACUAUAAAGUAAGUAAAUUUACAGAACUGAAUUUACAGGGAAGGAGAGAGACUGGAUUUAGGAUUUUUACCGGGGUGUAUUUCCAGACCCAGGUACCGGGGUGUGUUUCCAGACCACACCCUUCCAGAAAGUACCCAGCUUUGGCCAUACUGCCUCGUUUUAGUGAUUGGGAUCUCGGCUUUGGAGUCCUUUAUCCUAUCACUGAUGACCUAAUUAUAUAAAGGUCUUUUAGAUGAUCUAUUCUAACUCUAUGAUUUCGCAGAUGCGUCACCUGCAACGAGAUAAAAGGUUCUAAAUCCAAUAUCUCAAUCACGAAAACGAGCCUGCAGUAUGGCUGAACACUUUCCGGAAAGGGUGUAUUGACAGUUGAGACUAUAAGGCCGGUUUACACGACCAGUGUUUUGGGCACGGCACCCCUAAAAAUGGGCACCCGUGCCCAAAUUUUUAGGCACGGCACCUCUGCCUUUUGGCGUGUAAACGUGACAAAAAUCGGCACCGGUGCCGCAAAAUUUAAACGUGCCGAGACUUUCUCACGAGGUAGUCUCGGCACGUCUAGCAAGCGGUGCCGUGCCAAAAUUUCGAAAAAAAUAAAAAAUAUAUGUUCGACAUCGAGCAUGCGCAAAACAAAUUGUCCUCUUUCCAAUAUGGCAGCAAGCGGCCAAAAACUACAACUUGCCAAAAAUAAAGAAAACAAAGCUAAAAAACAAAUUUAAAUAACACGUUCACUCGGAAAUUUGAUACCAUUGUCCGUCGCUGAAUAGAGCAGUAACUAGGUCGUAGCAAAUGGCUGUCCUUUAAUACGUCGAUCCAUAUAUACCUCUCGACUUCGUGGCGGGUGAAUGCAAGAUAACAGAACAUUUACACGAAAAAACAACUCCUUUCGUAUUUAAGGGCCCGUUCAUAUGGGCAAAAGUUAUCCCAGUUAACGAGAAAACUAUUCGACUAGCCAAAUACUUUUGUUCUGUUCACAUGGAGAAACGAAGUUACUGUACUGGCAGUGACGUAGCACUGAACAUGAAUUGAAUUGAAAAGUUGCUGACACGACAGAAAGUUAUCCCGCUAAACGGGAAAGUUGUGUUCAUAUGGGAAAAACAUUAUCCCGGUCACCGAGAUCUGGCUUGUCAACAAGCGAGAUCUCGGUACACGGGAAAACUUUUUGUCUCGUAUGGACGCAGUGUAACUUUUCACAUAAUUUUCAUACCAAGGCGAGAUCUCGCUUGUAAACUUGUCGAAAAGUUUUCUCGCUAACCGGGAUAACUUUUGCCCAAAUGAACAGGCCCUUAAAGUACUUUUCUAGUAUUGAAUUGGUUUUUUCCCUCGAUUUUCGGCUCAUAUAAUACUUCUUCGUUCCAAUAAAUAUAAAUAUAUAAUUGUAUUUUUGUCCGACAUCUUUAUUCUUUAAAAUAUACCGUCGUAAACGGAAAGUAGAGGUGCCGUUUUCCGAUGGGCACGGUGCUUAUCAUAAAAGUGUCUACAAAAAGUUGUCGCGUAAAAGUUGUCGUGUAAACGAGUAAAUAGCGAAGUGGGAGUUUUGGCACGGUGCCCAUUUUCAGGGGUGCCGUGCCCAAAACGCUUGUCGUGUAAACCGGCCUUAUGUGCACACGGUAACGUUUUCGAGCGUUUCUAAAAUGUCGUUUCCAAUUUUGUCAGUUUGACGCUCUGUCCACACCAUAGAUAUCUUAUAUACACUAGAUAGUGCAUCUAAUUAUUCUGCAAUUCAAAAAUUGAAGCCGUGAUUGCAGACUCAGGAUCUUCCCAUGAAAUGAGAAGAUUCGUAUGUUUUUUAUUUCUGAGAAGAUUCGUAUGUUUUUUAUUUCUUAAACAGAGAACUUCAACGUUAAGUUAAACCUAUUCCAAAUACAUUGUUAAACUAUUCAAAUGAUGAAAGUUAUUGUAAUUGUUUUUUAAGCGUUUAUUAGCGAGUGGGAACUACCAACAUAGCCGUCAUCUAUUCAAAUGGGGGUAACCGCUGCAAUGUUCUUGGCCUCAAUUUUACUAAAAGAGAUGCGCUAUCUAGUGUAUAUAAGAUAUCUAUGGUCCACACGGAAACGUUUUCACGGCAUGCAAAUGUUUUUUCUCGACAAAAAUUCCAUCUCUCAAGGCUUCUUAUCACAUUCACCAUUUAUUUUCCACCAAGUAGAGUCAUUACUUGUUAACGAUUUUCUUAAAAUGUUUAAAUCGUUCAUAAAUCAUUAUACACUUGAAAGGCUAUAUAUUUUCUUCUAUUUGUCGCUAAAGUUUUCAACUUAAGAAUUAAUUAAUGAUACCAAUGAAAGAUCUAAGCUUCCAGGAAACAAGAAUAUAGACAAUAUAAUAUUUUGAUUUUAAGACGCCAUCUUGGAUUUUUAGCGUUUCAACGCGAAAACGCUUGUCCGAAAACGUUUUUAGCAUUGAAAACGUUUUCGUCAUAAGACGUCGUUUUGACUUUUCAUCCAUUUUCGUGUGGACACGACUUGAACACGACACUUUUUGAAAACGUUACAGCUGAAAACGCUCGAAAACGUUACAGUGUGCACAUAGUCUAAGUUAAGGUAAACAUGAAACAGGCCUGAUGAUGGUGUAUGUGUGCCCCAAGCACGCAGGCGCCAGUUGUACGAAGGCCAGAUAGCACUAUCCACCGGAUAGUGAUUUUCCAGGCUUCCUAAAAUUGUCCAUUGAUUGGUUUAAUCCAGAUUAAACUUGGGCAUUUAUAAAUUAAAGUUUAUUUUUAUUCAUUGUGAGGUCCACAUCUGCACUUUUAUAGCUUUUCAAGCAUUUUUACAACGGUUGAAAAAUCACUAUCCGGCCUUCGUACAACCGUACCGAGAAUUUUAGCAUUUAUGACGGAUGUAUAAACAUGCAGUUUAAAUAUAUCUCCGCAAUCACUUAAGCACCCCAAAGGCAAAAUAAAUGUGGACUAUUUUAUGUCAGCGGCUACCUAAGCGCAACCAAAGAUUAUAAAUUCAUGUCUCACUGUUUAUGAAUGCUGAGCCCUCUCCUUACCCUGACUCUAACCUUAACCGCUGACCCUAACUCAUGAACGGCGAGAUAUUUAUCAUUUAUAGACCUGGAGCGAAGUGAUAAUAUUAAGCCCCGAGGGAAAUAUCAUCAUUGAGGGUAAUAUAUUGCCGAAUCCCCCGAGCGGAGGGUCUAUAAAUGAUAUAUUAUACCGAAAAUUAAAAGCCCCCAAGAUGAGAAUUAAAAAGUUGACACAUACGUGAAUACGAUGUUUUAUUUUCGGAUUAACGCAAGUAUCGUCGCUUUUCUUUCGAACCACAAAUCGUUUGGAAUAUUAAUGACAUCAUUUUUCAAAAUUUGCUUCAAAAUUUUGAAAAAGCCCCAGGUUUUAGGUUUAAAAUUGAAUUAUUCAUCACUCAUUAAUACUAUUUAUGUUUUGUCGGCCAUCUUAUUGUCAUGCGUGUUGUCCCGCGUGACCUACGCGAAUAAUGUUCCACCCCAUGUUCCCCGGGGAACAUGGGGUGGAACAUUGUCAAAAGGAACGCAGGCUCGCUAAUUGAUGACGUAAGGCGUGAUAUCGCGAUUAAUUUCAUGCUCACGUGCCACAAACUAAGCUUCCUGAUUGGACAAUUUGAAGUUGAGGUAUAAUAUGAAUCUAUAUCCCAUCCUAAUAGAAACUAUAACCACCUCGUUUUUCGUCGAAAAACACACAAUUAUAACCUCCAUUAGAACAAGUGAAAAUUGCUUUGGUGCAUGGGGGAGGGCCGGGGGGGAGGCAUAGAGGAAACACCAUUCGUUAAUCUAAAAGUAAUUCCAUGUUCUUUUUAAUAUAUAUAGGAAGAUCCCCACCGAUUCCCGGAUCUAUAGAGAUACAAUACCUCAAGAUAAAUAAAGAAUAUAGUCAAAUGAUAUUUAUCACCGUGUACAGUGGGAGACUACGGGCGCUUUCCAUUAACACGGCCAGAACUGUCAGAACGGUCAAAUUGUUGAAUGGAACACAAAACGUUUGGGCUUCGGACCUAUCUGACCGGAAAAUUUAGAUAACAUUAGAAUGAGGUCCAUUUUCGCUAGAUAUUUGAGAAACAUAGACCAGAUCUUUCCAUUGAUACAGAGAAAAGAAUUCGGGUCUGACCGGUCAGACUAUUCAAUGGAAAGCGCCCUACGACAACCUUGGCUUACGCCGCGCUUUCGUUCAGGGUUAAUAAUUAAUUGAAAUUGCAUUUAUAUUGUAUUAUUGAAAUAAUUUAGUAUUUUCUGUAAGAUGUAUCAGUGGACAAAAUUUACAUAAUUUGGAAAUGUUUAAGUAUAUAGUUAUAUGUAGAUUACUUCAUGGUUGGUGAGUGCAUUGGACCACUAUUUACGAGUUGUGAAGAAUCGCGAGUUUAGCGAUACUUCACAACGAGUAAAUAAUAAAAAUCGUACAAACGAACCAACCAUGAAGUAAUUUGUUUAUUAUAAAAGUAUAGAGAAUACUUAUUUGACAUUGACAGACUCACAGCGAACAACACGCAUGCAAGUAGUGAAGUGAUUUGGCCUCAAAAACAGAUUUUGUACCUUUUAUAUUUCUGGAAUUCCAAUGAAAGCCUUCAGAGUUCAGUGUUUUCUUUAUGAUAAUAGACCGAUUCAAAAACUAGCUGUCACUAAUUGACCACUUGCGUAAUAGACUAAAUUUUGAUCUUAGCCAAAAUUUCAGCACAGCUUGAAAGAGCAUCACAAAAUUAGUAAUAUUCCAAAGUUUCGUUGCAAAAUGUUGUAAAAUGCGGAAAAUAUAGCCUUGCGAAGUUUGCAAUUUUCAGUCAUUUUAGAUUACAAACGGGAAAUUGACAGCCUCGAAGGGUUUGAGGCUGUCAAUUUCGCGUUUGUAAUCUAAAAUGACUGAAAAUUGCAAACUUCGCAGGGCUAUAUUAUGAGCAUUUUACAACAUUUCUCAACGAAACUUCGGAAUAUUACUAAUUUUGUGAUGCUCUUUUAUGCUGUGAUGAAAUUUUUGUUUAAAUUUGUUGAGAUCAAAAUUUAGUCUAUUACGCAAAUGGUCAAUUGGCAUUGUUUAUACUUUACGCAUUACCACGCUAAUAGAGUCUGCAGAACAGAGUCUGGUUAUUAUUAAGGCAAAGUGUACAAGUUUAUGAUUGACAGCAAUUCAUGCAAGCCAAAUUACAGCCCUUUCAAAUAACCAAAAAGCACCAAAACGAGGCUAGUCAUGCAGUCUUCUUUGCUAAAUCUGGCAUAAACUCUUUUUUUAAGAAUUACAGUAAUUUCUAAAAGAGAACGCAUGGUAUUUAUAUUUAAUUAUUUAUACCUUGUAAAACUGUUAGUUUUGAAGUUUUUCUAUAAGGCGGCAGUGAUUACCUUGAUUGAAACUAAUUUCUGGAGAAAAAAUGAUGACUACUUCUCGGAUCGGUGAAAAUAGUCGCCCAAUUAGCAAAAAAUAAAAACUCCCACUUUGGCUAUUUCGGUAAAACCGAGCGGCAUAUUUACAGUUAUGAGUGCGAAAACACCAGCCAAUCGAAACGCCGAGAAGAUAAUUUCACAAGUGAAAAAUAUCGCCCGCCGCGAGAAUACGAUUCUGCACGUCAAUCUCUAUACUUCUAUAAUAAAUAAAAUGAUAAUAGUAACUAGAUGGUAAUUCUCAAAAUAUACUGGUUUACAUGUGGACAUAGUGGGACAUCACAAAGAGGAACAUUAUUGAACAAUCUUUAAAUAAACUAUCCACAUAGUUUUUAUUUAUAUUUGCCAAAUCGUUGCGCAUUUUGCCGUGUUGAAGAGUCUGCACAACGUCAACAACUCUCGUCACUGAUGAAUUUCAUGUUUCUCUGCUGUCGUGCAAUCCCGAGAGUAGUGGCCCCACUUUCGGUUUUAUCUGCUGUUGGGGCUCGCUCGUUAUAUAUUUACGAGGGCAGCGCUACUUGCAAAGGGUCGCUGCUUAUGAAGGGCAACUACUUACGAAGGGCAGCUAUACAUACGCUAUACUUACGAAGGGCAGCUACGCUACUUACGAAGGGUCGCUCUUUUCGGGAUUCUACGGUGAUAAUGAAGGCAGAGCUCUCUUCAUAUUGAGAUCUUUGUAUUCUAUGUUGAAUAUUUGCUUGCAUGAGCAUAUUUGGUUUCCAUUGUUAACAACAAUCCUCUUGCAUGCUUUGCAAAUGGAUACACGGCGAGGCCACAAAGGGCGAGAAAAAUUUGCAUUUCGCCUUCAUACCUCGGCAUUUGUUGUUUUAGAGUUAGUCGAGAUACAGGUUUGUGUAACCAAGACCUUUGCAUUUAAUGAGGUUUGUCUCCAAUGGAGGUUUUUCUUUGAUUAUCUUGAAACGAACCUU